AUGCGACCAUCCACAUUAAGUAAGAGUGGUAAUGUGAGACCAGUAAGGUCAGUCCUCAAAGAUAAACCAGCAUUUGAAUCAAUCGAAAUCAUAUCAGAUUCUGAUACUGUAAGUGAUCAAAAUAACUGCACUAGCCCAGAAAAUUCACAUAUAGAAGAUGACCUUAAUUUAGAGGAACUAAUGAAACAAAAAAAGUUGCUUGAAGCAAAGCUGGUGUCCUAUUUGACUGAUAAAAAAGAGGAUAAAACAUCAGGAAGGAAACAUGAAGUGUCUAAAAAAGAGCAUAUUAAAGAACAUCAAGAAACUUCUAAAAAACACCGAUCUUCAGAAGUAAAAAAAAAACAUAACUUACAUAAAGAUAGUUAUGAAGGAAACAGUAAAAAAAAGCAAAAAGUAUUAGAUUCUCGGGACCAUUGCCAUAAUGAAAAAAGACAUAACGAUAUUAAGGAAAAGGAUGUACAUAUUGUAACAAAAAAAUAUGGACACAAUCAUAAAGACAUUAAUUCUUCUACAUCGGUUAGAAAAGAAAGAAGUUCGAAAACAAGAUCAAAGACGCAUACUACCCUAUCUCGAAACCAUGGUCGCGCUAGCCCGACAUCGCAUUCGCGGUCGAAUCGCGACAGACAUAGACACUCUCCGCGGCGUUCUCGAGACCGGCGAGAAGGGCCUUCGAUAGAGAAAAGACGUACAUCAUUUGCGACUGUGGGAACUUCCAGUGAUGAACUAAAUGUGUCAAUUGAUUCAGAUGACGAAGCAGAAAGAGAAGAACAAAUUAUAGAAAAGAGAAGAAAACAACGUGAACAACUUUUAAAGCGUUUAGGUGAAAAUAACAAUGUAGAAAAUAAAGCAAAUAAUAAAUCGCCAAUUAAUAAUACGCCGGAUCAAAAUGUUCAAACAGCACAAACUGAACUUAAAGAUAAAGUUGAGGAUAGCGUUCCUGGGGCAUCAAACGAUGUCAAUGUAAAGGAAAAAGAAAAAACACAACACUGGGAUAUGUUUGCAGAUCAUGAUAAUGUCAAUAGUGUGGGCACCCCUUCAGCUGGGCAGAAUAUAAAGAAAUUGGUGCCGGAAAACCCAUCUCUCACCGAUAAUUGGGAUGAUGCAGAAGGCUACUAUAGGGUUCGUAUAGGAGAAGUUCUUGAUAAUCGAUAUUCUGUAUACGGAUAUACUGGACAAGGUGUAUUUUCGAACGUGGUGCGUGCAAGAGAUCAAAGUCGGCAGAAUUCUGACGUUGCUAUCAAAAUUAUACGAAAUAAUGAGAUAAUGCAAAAAACUGGAUUGAAAGAAUUGGAGAUUUUAAAAAAGCUGAACGAUGCAGACCCUGACGAUAAAUAUCACUGCCUUCGUCUUUUUCGAAAUUUUUAUCAUAAACACCAUUUGUGUAUGGUUUUUGAACCAUUGUCUAUGAAUUUAAGAGAAGUAUUAAAGAAAUAUGGCAAAAACAGCGGAAUACACAUUAAUGCGGUCAGGAGUUACACCCAACAAAUAUUGUUGGCAUUAAAAUUGUUAAAGAAAAGUGAAAUUGUACAUGCGGACAUAAAACCAGACAACAUAUUAGUAAACGAAAGCAAAGUACAAUUGAAACUGUGUGAUUUUGGAUCGGCUGCCCACGUAUCCGAUAACAAUUCAACAUCCUACCUAGUAUCGAGAUAUUAUAGGGCACCAGAAAUCAUACUGGGUCUACCAUAUGACUAUGGGGUGGAUAUGUGGUCCACUGCCUGUACCAUAUAUGAACUAGCUACAGGACAAAUACUAUUCGAUGGAAAGACGAAUAAUGAAAUGCUAAAGUUCUUUAUGGAUCUAAAAGGAAAAAUAUCUCGAAAAAUCUUAAGAAAAGGGAAGUUUAAAGAUCAACAUUUUGAUGCUGACUUCAAAUUUCUCUAUCAGGAAUAUGACCACAUUACUGAAAGGGAUAAAAUAAUUGUAAUAAAUGAUAUAAAACCAACCAGAGACCUGCAAGCAGAGUUAGCACCAUCAAAUCAACGUUUAGCUCCUGAAGAUGCUAAAAAAUACUCCCAACUAAAAGAUAUUUUAGACAAGAUGCUAAUGAUAGACACAACAAAGCGAGCCUCGAUAAACUUGUGUCUAAAUCAUCCAUUUAUACAGGAAAAGUAUAAAAAAUAA